AUGAAUCUCAAGUUCUUUUUAUUAAUAGCUUCACUUUUACUUGUAUGCAUUGCAUCUUCAUGUUCGGCAGUCAUUCCUGUUUUCAGAAACCGGAAACUUAGUAAUGUUUUACAAGUCAAUGAAGGAGAAGAUGGAGAGAUUCACACUCGCAAGGAAAAACAGAUCAGUGUAAACUUCAGCCGUUCACCUCCUGCCAAAGGCUGGAUUUGUUGCGAUGAUUGA